UGCUCUACUGCUCUUCACGUCUUCAUCCAUUCCCACUGCAAAAAUAAAUAAAUAAAUAAAACAAAAUUAUACAACUCGAAUCAAAAAUAUUACUGUAGAUCACUGAAAAUUUAAAAAACUUAAUCUAAUUUCAGACUUAUUCCUACUAAUUCCUCUGUCAAUUCUGUCUCUGUUUUUCUAUUUUGUAUAUUAUUUUUAUUCAUUCAAUCACAUGAGAUAUAUGUGUUUUGGAUUGUCUUUUCCAACUUCUAUCUAUCGUAGAUAUAUUAAGAGUUGUAAAGAUCAAGAUCUAAAUAUUCCACUCUUUUUUAGAAAAGAUUUUAUUUUGAGUUUGGAACAACAAGGGUCUUUUGUUUUCUACUGUUUUUAUUUAGAUUCCUUUGUGAAAAAUUAAACAUUUGGGGUUCUUAUUCUGAUCAAGAGUCAAUUUUCUCAGUGAGGAAAAAAUUUGAAGCAAGUUUGGGUAUUCUGAUACAGAAAGUAGUAUGGUUUAGGGUUUUUCUGAGGUGGGAUUAUAGUUAGUGGGGUUUUAUCAAAUGUAUUUAUCUGAACUCAACGAUGGUAUGGAAUUGAAGAAGGAAAAACUAGUCAGGUUCUAUCCUGAUGGAAAACAACAUCAUGACUUACCAUGGGAAAAAUCUGAUUCUAGUCAAAUUGAAACACCAUCACCAGUAUACAAAGUUUCAGCUCCAUUAUUAAAAGCUAAUGGAGGAGGAAGUGAGGGAUUUUAUAAGAAAACAAUAUCUGGGACUUUGAGAUUUGGGAAAUCUAAGGUAUUUCCUGAAGAUCAUGAGCCAUGGAGGAAAAGGAUUUUGGAUCCCGGAAGUGAAGCUGUUUUACAAUGGAAUCGCAUUUUUCUAUUUUCGUGUUUGGUGGCUUUAUUUGUUGAUCCUUUGUAUUUUUAUCUACCUUCUGUUGGGGAUGUGGGAGAUUCUUCGUCUUGUGUGAAGACGGAUAAGAGAUUGAGAGUUGUUGUUACGAUUUUCCGAACUGCAGCAGACUUUUUUUACUUCUUACAUAUGGUUAUAAGAUUUAGGACGGCUUAUGUAGAGCCAAGUACACGAGUGUUUGGAAGGGGUGAACUUGUUAUGGAUCCCAAGAGGAUUGCGAGAAGAUACUUGAGAUCAGAUUUCAUUGUGGAUUUUGCAGCAACGCUACCUCUUCCACAGAUUGUUACCUGGUUUAUCAUACCAGCAAUUAGGAACUCUUAUGCCAAUCAUAACAAUAACGCCCUUGCGUUGAUCGUACUGAUACAGUAUAUACCGAGAUUAUAUCUUAUCUUUCCUUUGAGUUCUCAAAUUAUCAAAGCUACUGGAGUAGUCACAAAGACUGCCUGGGCUGGAGCUGCAUACAAUCUUCUACUGUACAUGUUGGCAAGUCAUGUUCUGGGGGCUUGUUGGUAUUUGUCAUCUAUUGAACGACAUACAACAUGCUGGAAAUCCGAAUGCAAAAAGGAAGGCGCACUUAAAUGUUUUCCUACUUAUUUAGACUGUGAUGCUUUCAACCAACCCGAACGCAAGAAUUGGGCGAACUUCACCAAUGUGUUUAAUAACUGUGAUGCUUCCGACCCAACUAAGUUCAGAUAUGGCAUAUUUGAAAUUGCUGUGACCAAUAAGGUUGUCUCCUCCAAUUUUAUGGAGAAAUACUUCUAUUGCUUAUGGUGGGGCCUGCAGAACUUGAGUUCGUAUGGGCAGAAUCUUGAAACAAGCACUUAUAUUUGGGAGACUAUAUUCGCAAUAUUCAUCGCCAUAUUUGGAUUGGUUUUAUUUGCCCAUUUGAUUGGGAACAUGCAGACCUAUUUGCAAUCCAUCACUGUGAGACUUGAGGAGUGGAGGCUUAAGCGAAGAGACACUGAAGAGUGGAUGAGGCAUCGUCAACUUCCCCAAGAUCUGCGAGCACGUGUUCGGCGAUUUGUUCAAUACAAGUGGCUUGCAACGCGAGGGGUUGAUGAAGAAGUCAUAUUACAAGCUUUGCCUACUGAUCUUCGUCGAGAUAUCCAACGUCACCUCUGCUUGGACCUUGUUCGACGUGUCCCCUUCUUCUCACAGAUGGAUGACCAGCUUCUUGAUGCUAUAUGUGAGCGGUUAGGGUCAGCUUUAAGCACCGAAGGUACUUAUAUUGUUCGUGAAGGUGACCCUGUGACGGAGAUGCUUUUUAUAAUUAGAGGAAGACUCGAGAGCUCAACUACCAAUGGGGGUAGGACUGGUUUUUUCAAUUCGAUUAUGUUGAGACCAGGGGAUUUUUGUGGUGAGGAGCUACUCGCUUGGGCUUUACUUCCCAAGUCCACUGUGAACUUGCCUUCUUCAACAAGAACAGUUAGAGCCCUAGUUGAAGUAGAAGCAUUUGCACUACGAGCUGAAGAUCUUAAGUUUGUGGCAAAUCAAUUUAGACGUCUCCACAGUAAAAAAUUGCAGCAUACUUUCCGUUUCUACUCUCAUCAUUGGAGAACAUGGGCAGCUUGCUUCAUACAAGCAGCUUGGCGCCAGUUUAAAAGGAGAAAAAUGGCGAGAGAGCUCAGUAUGCGUGAGCCUUCGUUCGCGGAGUAUGAAGAUCUGCCAGAUGAGAGAGAAGAACACGAAGGAGAGGACUUUCUGUCUCUUACUCCCACAAGUAAUUCUUCUCAAGUAAUACAGAACCUGGGUCUUACCAUUUUGGCUUCAAGAUUUGCAGCCAAUACAAGGAGAGGAGCUCAGAAGAUGAAAGGUGUGGAGUCAUCCAAGUUACAGAAGCCUGAAGAGCCAGACUUCUCUGUGGAGCAGUAUGAUGACUAAUCCUCUCCCAGUUUAUGUGUCUUAGUGGUAUAUAAUAGCUGUAUCUUUCCAUCACCCAGAAGCCAAAUAGGUAAAAAGAACCCAGAAGGGAUCAUGAAUUACAGGUCUUUCUACUAGCAGAACGAUGAGCCAUAGUUCUCAACUUAGAGGAAUUUGCUGAUACGGAGUUAGAAGUUUGUGAAUUAUAUUAUGUUUGAUCAUUGCAUUGUAUCUGGUUUUGUAACUCAAUUUUGGUUUCAAGAUGUGAUCUUAGAGCAUCUUUAAAAUUUAAGAUGUCAGCUCAUUCUUAUAUCAAAAAAAGCUUUAUUUUCAUUUUUGGUUUCUUGGUCAUAUAUGCUGUUAGUACGAAAUGACCACCACACAUGGAUUGUUUGUAAUGAUAAAUAGUUUCUGUUGUUGCUCCUGCA